AUGACGGUACCGGCAGAAAAUGUGAGGGAUGUACUAUCUGUUAGAGUAAUGCGACUAAAUCGUCCAACAUUUGUUAUACAACGAUGUGAACCAACUGAACUUUACCUGGAUGAUAUAGCAGGGUCUUUAACAGCAUAUGACGCAAGUAUUCGUGGAGACCUUGAUGGUAUUUCUUUAAAUCUUCUAUCUGCUGGUAAUAUACCUCCCUCUUCAAAUUCUCAUGAAUCUCCUAACUAUGAUCAUAAACUAAAUAAUGACAGCAAAGAUAAUUAUAAUUACAUACAACCUAAAGUUGGAGGAUAUAGUGAACUGUUAAGUUUGACUCAUUCGUUUGGUACUAUUUAUUUGGGUGAAACAUUCUCAGCUCAUAUAAAUUUACACAAUGAAAGUAAUCAAAUUUGUUACAAUGUUGAAUUAAAAGUUGCUCUUCAUAACCGUAUCGAAUCGAUCACUUUACCGAUAUUCACUUCUCUAAAUGGUCAAUCUAAUAGUACUGUUGUUCUACGCAAUUCUUCAACAAAUUCAGAAUCAUCAAAUACACAUUCAAGUCCAAGUUUGGGUAAUAAUGCUGGUGGAACCAAUACUAAGGAUAGUGUUUUUGAUUUACAGCCAGGACAAUCAUUGAAUGCGAUUAUUAGUCAUGAAUUGAAAGAAUUAGGGGUUCAUAACCUACGAUGUACAGUCUCAUAUUUUCAAACUAGUUCUCAUGGUAAAUCGGAAAGUUCAUCACAUGUGGUAGCAUAUGAAUCUCCACGGUUAACAUCAGGUCUUUCAUCUCGUGAUACUACUAGUAAACGUGAACCAAUUACAUUUCAACGCUUAUAUAAAUUUAUGGUCAACAAACCUUUGGAUGUCCGAAAGAAAUUUUCAAUAGUUGAUAUUGAUAAUAGUGUGCUUAUGGAAACACAAAUUCAAAAUCUCACUGUAACUCCAAUUAUACUUGAACGUGUUUUAUUUGAAUCAAAUCCUCAAUUCAGUGUGAUUGACUUAAAUAAUUUACAAUUUGGUAAAAAAUCUCAUUCUAACACUCCAACUUAUUAUUUACAACCAAAUGAUGUACAACAAUUUCUAUAUCGUUUAAUACCAACAACAACCAAUUCAUUGCCUUUGUUAAAUUCAUCAUCUACCAAUUCAUCAAUACCAGCUUCAACUGUACCUAAUCCAAUUCCAGUUUCUUCUACAACUACUCGUCAAGUGUCAAUAUCAGCUGGACGUUUAGACAUUACAUGGAGAUCACUUAUGGGUGAAAGGGGACGCUUGCAAACAAGUUCUUUAAAAUACGAACUCCCUACUUUUGGUGAUAUCCAACUGAGGGUUUUAACUAUUCCAUCCACUGUGACAACAGAACAACCAUUCACAUUAAAGUUUGAAUUAACUAACUGCAGUAAAAUGAAUUUAGACUUGAUACUUAGUCUAUGCUCAACUCAAUAUAAUAGUUCUUCUUCAAUUCCAAUUCAAUCAAUUAUGAAUGAAAACGAAACUACCUCUAAUAAUGAUCAUAAUGAUAAUAAUUCAAUUCAAUUAACAAAUAAUUAUUUACCAUUAAUUGUUUGGUUAAGUAAAACUAGACAAAAACUUGGCAAAUUAUUACCUGGUCAAUGUAUACCAUUUGAAUUGAAUUUAAUGGCUACAUUACCUGGAUUACAUAUGAUUUCCGGUUUAUGCAUUCAUGAUUUAACAAUGAAUCGUGAUUAUGAAUUUAAUAAUUUAACCCAUGUUCUUGUUUUUAACAAUAGUGCUGUUACAGCUUAA